AUUAUUUUAAAUUUAUAAAUAGAACGCAAUUAUAGCAGCAGAAAAUAAAGAGCAAGGCCAAUAACUCUAUUAGCUAAGUCCAGAACCACCAUGACCACCGUGCUUGAAACCUGCGGCAUCGCUCCUCCGCCAGGCGCCGCCGCCGAGCUGACGGUGCCGCUUUGCUUCUUCGACAUCGUUUGGCUCCAUUUCCACCCGAUCGACCAGCUCAUCUUCUACGACCACCCAUGCUCAGAGGAAGAGUUCUCCAAAACCGUCGUUCCAAACCUCAAACACUCUCUCUCUCUAACCCUCAAACACUAUCUCCCCGUCGCCGCGAAUCUCCUCUACCCUCACCACAUAGAUAAAUCUCAGCCCGUAAUCCGCUACGUCUCCGGAGACACAGUCCCGCUCACCGUCGCCAUCUCCGGCCGCAACUUUGACGACCUCGUCGGAAGCCACGCCAGAGAAUCCGAUCAGUUCUACGAUUUCCUGCCGCCGAUGCCGCCGUUGACGGAGCAGGAAAAUUACAAAAUUGCCCCUCUCGUAGCCCUGCAGGUAACGCUUUUCUCCGACCGUGGAUUUUGUAUCGGUUUGAGCAAUAAUCACUGCCUCGGAGAUGCGAGGUCAGUCGUCGGAUUCAUGUCUACGUGGGCUGAAAUCAAUAAAUGCGGCGGCGACAAGAACUUUAUGUUGAGAAAUGCCGAGUCUCUGCCGUUAAUUUUCGACAGAUCAGUUUUUGGAGAUAUCAGUGGCAUUACUGAUAAGUGCUGGAACAUGAUGAGGAAUAUUCCAUUAGCGCCGUCAUCUCCUCUGUUACCGACGAACAGGGUUAGGGCGGCAUUCACCCUUCAUCAGUCCGACAUUAAAAAGCUCAAGAAUAUAGCCCUGUCCAAGAAUCCCGACAUAGUUUGCAUCUCUUCUUUCGUCGUCACGGCGGCGUAUACCUGGAGCUGCAUGGUGAAAUCUGCCGCCGCCGCCGAUGAAAACGACCCCGAGGUGUUCUUUUAUUCGGCCGACGGCAGGGGACGGUCGAACGCGCUAGUCGAGCCGCCGGUGCCAAUUAAUUACUUUGGGAAUUGCUUGGGCGGCGGGCCGGUGAAGCUGGAGCGUAACAAGGUGGCGGCGGACAGCGGAUUUGUGGAGGCGGCGGAGGCCAUUGCUGAUCAUAUCAUGAAUAACGUAAACAAUAAAGAGAAUUUUUUAAAAAAUUUGGACAAUUGGUUGUCGAAAUCGUCGAAAUUGGUGGUGAUGAGUGCAUUAAGAGUUUCUGGUUCGCCGAAAUUCGAUUUGUCGGAUGCCGAUUUUGGGUGGGGUAAGGGGAGGAGAUUGGAGGUUUUGUCGAUGGAUAAAGAGAAGUAUUCGAUGUCGUUGUGUAAAUCGUCGGAUUCCGACGGCGGAUUGGUGGUCGGAAUGUCGCUGCCGAGAGAGAGAAUGGAGGUUUUCACAGCUCUCUUUGAAGAUGGCCUUAAAUUAAUUGAGUGAGGCUUUGUUGUAUGAAUUUUCGAAUAUUUUUUAUUUUUAAGGUGUUUUUGCCUUUAGGGAUAAGUAAGAGGUAAGUUCCAUUUACCAACCUUAUACUUCAUUUAUUUUGACGUACUAAAAAAAUUGUACAUGUGGUAUAAAAUUUCGGGCAACAUGUUUUCCUUUGAAUAAGAUAUAAAUUUAUACCUAA